AUGUCGACUCAGCAAAACAAUGUCAACCUUGAGGCCCUUGAUGCCAAGAUGAAUGAGCUCAUCGAAGCAUUCGAAGCCCAUCCGCAACUUCAGCCUCCCACCCCUCACCCCACGGCCUUUUUCCUCUUCGACUUCAUCAAAAACACCCACAACGCCCUGAAGAGAGUCGACGCCUCAAAGUACGCCUCAGGUGACCGCCAGGCCCGCGAGGCCGUUCAAGAAGUCGUCGGCCGCAACCAGUUCGCCAGCGUCCUGCUCACCGAUUCCUCGGGCAAACUGGCCAUGAUGACGGGCAGCGACCCGUCGAACCCGAUUGACUUUGGACCAACCAUCAAAGCCAAGGCCGCUGCGGUGACUGAAGUUUAA